ACAAACAUGCUUCCAGAUCCUUCUACAAACUUCCUGUUGGCGCCCACCUUCUUCCUUAAAAACCCCAAACCGAAAAUUCCCCCCUUUCAUUAUUAGCUUUUUACUUUUACAGAUUUGAAUCUCUCUCCUCCUUGUUUGUUUCCUCGAUUUUUUUUUUUUUUUUGAUUUUUGUUCUUUACUGUAAUGGCUUCAGAGCCUGCUUCGUCUGAGCUUCCAUCCUUCUUCGAGCGUUUGAUGUAUUCAAGGAGCAGACACGUGUCUUCCUUCUUCCCCGUUCUCCUAGGGUUGAGCACCGCAUCAAACCCUAAUUCUCAGGAAACUGAAAAUCAAGGCGGCCAGUUUCCCGACCGGAUCGUCAUCAUCAACCCCUUCACACAAGGUAUGGUGAUAAUAGAAAGGAGAAGCAGCGGCGGCGGCGGCGACGGAUCAUCUUCAGACUUCGAUUCUCUGAUCAACGAACUCUUCUCCGGCAAAAACGGCCGGCCGCCGGCGUCGAAGGCGUCGAUCGAGGCUUUGGAAACUGUGGAAAUUUUGGGUGGAGAAAACGACGGCGUUGAUGAUCAGUGUGUGAUCUGCUUGGAGGAUUGGGUGGCUGGUGAAAAGGCUAAACAAAUGCCUUGCAAGCAUAGGUUUCACGGCGGGUGUGUUGAGAAGUGGCUGAAGAUCCACGGGUCCUGCCCCGUCUGUAGAUACGAAAUGCCGGUGGAUGAAACUGUGGAUGAGGACAGGAGUGGAAGCGGCGGAGAGAGUGGCGGAGAGACGAGGAGGAGAGAGAUUUGGCUGAGCUUCGUUGGCAGUGGUAGCAGAAGUGCCAUGAAUGAUCUUGACUGAAUCGUGGAGAAAUUUGCAGAGGGGGUAUUUGCAGGAUUUUUUGUAAUCGGUUUUUUUUUUCCCCCUUUUCUUCCUGUUUUGUCUCCUUUUGGUGAAAAUCACUUGUAUAUAGAGCUUAGUUUUUGUUGAAACAAUCUUAUCAAGUUAUGAAUGAAUGAAUGAAUGAAUGAAUGAAUUUCUCAUUUUCUGCGA